CUUGGAUAUAAUGAAGCUGUGAACUGUCUUGCAUUCAGCCCUGACGGCAAAUACCUUGCCACUGGAUCUGCCCGGGGGGGGGGGCAGUCUUUGAACUAUCCACCAUCAAUCCAGCUUUGGGAUAUAGAAUCCAAGACACUUGUCCAUACUUUACAAGGCCACUAUGGUGUGAUAAGCGCGAUGGAUUAUGAACCUCGCAGAGGUUAUCUUGUCUCCGGGGGGCGUGAUGCAACUGUACGCAUCUGGGACAUGAAUAAACGGACACUCAUACAAACCCUGACGAUGGAUCGAUCAAUUACGAGUGUGUCAAUGUCUGUUGAUGGCCGUCAAGCUGCAAUAGCGUUCAUCAACGCACCAGUUAGGGUUGUGACUGUCCCUGAUGGUGAGUUAAUGGGAUAUCCAACGGGACUUGAGGUAUAUGACAACUAUAUUUGGAGCGGUCACUGUCCCAAAACUGGAAAGUCUGAUGAGGCUGUAACCAAAUUGUGGUAUCCGAAUGCUACUCACACUGUUCUGCUUAUUCUAACUUGGUAUAUGUUUCAGGUUCGUGUCAACUGUACCAUGUUUACAGCUGAUUCUGAGUUUAUCAUCAAAGGAACGGAGGACUCUACUGUUCAACUCUGGAACCUAGAAACGGGGGAGCAACAUGUGGAGUUAAAAGCCCAUCAAGGA